CGCGCCGCGCCGCUAGCAACACGUAGAGAGCGCGCGCGGGCCAUGGUCGCGAGAACCGAUGAGAUGUUCGGCUGCUAUGGUGACAGCUACUCGUACCGCCUGUGGAGCCUGGCCAACGUGUGGGGCGCCUGCCGAUGUGAGUAGCGCCGCGCUCCGCUCUGGGACUUUCGCCGCUGACGUCAGCGGAGGCUGUGCAAGCCUGUGUAGUACGGCGUAGAUACGAUCCGGAGCCGGCUCCGUAGAUAGUGCGUUGAGUAACGAGUUUCCGUAGUCGCGGUCAGUGAGGUGUGAGAACGAGGUGUCGCUAGAUGAAAGUGCAGAGCUCGCUUAUGGGAGUUGGCGGUUGGUACGAAUGCUUGGCGGCCGGUUGGCUUGCCGACAUGAGGAGUAAGCAGGUCCCCACGUCUACCACCUCGGCCAGGCGGCUCGCGGCCUUAAUCCGACCGCUUGCCGGUGGAGGUGCGGAGGGCAAACCUUCGGAGGAAGAGGAGGAGCGUGGGGGCUCACCGCUGGGCCCUGGCGGUCCUUUCACCUGCAGCCAAUGCCGCGGCGCCUACCCAACACGCGAGCAGCUCGAGCGACACGAGACCCUGCACUCGCCCAGCACUCAGGUGGAUAACAUCAAAUAUUCGUGCAAGAUUUGCCACAAGAGCUUCGCGAACGUGUACCGACUGCAGCGCCACAUGAUCAGCCACGACGAGAGCGCUGGGCUUCGUAAAUUCAAGUGCAACGAUUGUGACAAGGCAUUCAAAUUUAAACACCAUCUCAAAGAGCACCUUCGGAUACACAGUGGAGAGAAACCAUUCGAAUGCGCCAAUUGUGGCAAAAAGUUUUCCCACUCCGGCUCGUAUUCUUCACACAUGACAUCUAAAAAAUGUCUAGUGAUGAACCUCAAGAUGGGGAGAAUAAAGCCUAACAACCCUGCUCUUAACCCCGAUCGAAGUCCUUCGCGCAAACGAACAAAUGCCAUGGUUGCAUCGCAACUGAAUAAUAAUAUUGCGCCGAAUGGUAAUUCUUUCUUACCAAUUCUUCCUAAAUACAACGACGCUGCCGCUGCAUUCUUUGCAUCGAUGUCUACACCAGAAAAUAAUUUCCACCGACCGCCUUUAGGCCAGCCAGGGAUUAAUCCUUUCUACAUGCCUCCCGGUAUGCCUUUGAGUCCUGCUAAUGGUAUUGCUCCAUACAGUUUUCCUACUUCCUUAAGCCAGCUUUUCGAGCAACUAGCAUCACAACAAUACCACCAAAGAAAAAUUGAAAAUCCUAGUCCGAAACAAAUGGGUCUUCCUUCAGCUGAUCCUGAAGAUUUAAUAGAAGAAGUGAUCGAAGAUGAAGACAAAAGAUCAGAAGGUAGCGCCGAACUCGUAAUGGACAUAGAAGAUGAGGAUAAUAUUAGCAUAAAAAAGGAACAAGAAGAACGAGAGAGUGAGCACAGGUCUCCCUCGCGUGUUUAUGAAUCCGUCCCUGUUAACAAUAACAGUGAAGAGGCUGACAACAACCAGACAGGUUUUAACACUAUAAUGAAUUCCGUUAAUGCGUCUGUAACGAAACAUUUUUUUAGAGCUGAUAUGGAGAAACUUUCACCUGUUUCCGGAAACAUAUACCCGAGCAUAGAAUCGCCAGUAUCACGCGUUACCGUGAAAGAGGAACCUGAUGAGUUGCGCUGCUUAAAAUGCAACGUUUCGUUUAAUGAUAAAAAUGAACUAAUAGAACAUGAAAAAGUCUUAUGUGGAAAUAUGUUUAGGAAACACGAGGGAUUAGCUGCUCAAAUGGCUGAAACAGUGGCACUAAAUAGGUUAGAAGCUGAAAUGCGAGCUUCUAUACAGAGUGGAGUCAGUGCAAGUGAAGAUGAGGACUUUGGAAAAGACGAUAGAGAUGAUAAAGUAUCUCUCCAUGACAGCGAUAGAAAGAUAAGAGUUCGAACAGCCUUAAGUGAAGAACAACAAACUGUCCUAAAGGAGCAUUACUCUGUUAAUCCUCGACCUAAUAGAGAAGAAUUUAAAAAGAUAGCUCAUCAAAUUGGUCUAGAUAACAGAGUCGUACAAGUGUGGUUCCAAAAUAAUAGGGCGAGAGUGAGACGAAUGACUCAAGCGAUAGCUAUUUCGGAUCAACCAUUAGAUCUGUCAACAAAAAAAUGUAACGCAUCGUUAACUUCUAGUCCGUCACCCUCCCCGCCUUGCAGCAUUUCAGUUACACAUUCCGACUCUGAAGAAGCAGUUAAUUUGAGCCAAAAAUCUUCGCGUAGUACGACUCCACAUCGUUCUAACUAUCUUAAUACGUAUCCACAUUCCAAUUGUUCUUCUUCAUCUUUUACUGAUUUUCGAUUGUCGCCAUCGCCGGGUGAAACGAUUAGCGCGCAGAAGAGGUUACUGUCUCAAAAGGUGCCAGUAAAUCCUAUGAUGCCAAUGGAUAAACUUCUUCAAUAUAAUGAUUUGACAAAUGGCAGAUCGCCAAUACUUAACAUGCAUAUAUCGUCUGAACAUAGACAAGAAUCUAGCCCAUCUUACGACCGACCGUCUUGGGGAGAUGAACUGCAAGCUCAAAACGAAUUUGAAGAUGAAACGUCUGUACUUAAGAAAAGCAAGCUAAAGGCUGGUAACGACUUUAAAGAGGGAGAAGGACAAUUCGUCUGCGACCAAUGUGAUAAAACUUUUGUGAAACAGAGCUCUCUCGCGAGACACAAAUAUGAGCAUUCAGGUCAACGACCAUACAAAUGUUUGGAGUGCCCAAAGGCGUUCAAGCACAAGCAUCACCUCACAGAGCACAAGAGGCUCCACACCGGCGAGAAACCCUUCCAGUGCUGCAAGUGCCUCAAGAAGUUCUCCCACUCCGGUUCCUACAGCCAACACAUGAACCACAGGUUUGCCAUUUGCAAACCCUACAGGGACUAACUAAUACUACAAUAUUAUAAUAGCUAAAUAAUUCACAAACUUUCUAAUUUGAAGUCUUAUUCUUGAUCAUAACCUAUGUAAAUGUAUUCGCAAAUACGCGGGGCUGUUACUUAGUAAUUUGUCAGAACAAAAAAAGUCAAAUACAUAUUUAUUUAUUACGAUACAAUUCAAUAGUUCGUCUAGAUAGAGUUUUAGUUAAUGUGAUAUUCGUAAAAAAUAUAAAUAAACAUAAAUUGUAGGAUCACGAUUUUAACUUUAAAAGUUGUUUUCAUAUAUACUAGUUUUAUAUUACAAUAACUUAAAAUGACAAGCAUUGCCUGAACAUCGAGAUUUAGUGAACAUCGAAAUAAUUACUCAUAAUAUGGUUAAUACUCAUGUUAUUAAAGUAUUCUUUGCUCGGUAUUUAUUAUUCGAAAAUAUAAUUUAAGGAUUUUGCUCAACGUCAUAUUUCGUACGAUACGACAUCAUUCAAUCAAUUAUUUAUAUUGCAACUAGUGCCAAAUAUGUGUAACUAUGUGCCAGUUCAUAAACCAAAAAUAUUUACUGUUUUAAUUUAAUUACGAGUUAGUGCGAAUUCGACUGAGCUAAGAGCUUACAAUAAAAUCAAAUCAAUGGUUGCGUCAUAAAUAAUUGUCUUAAUGAAUAUAUAUUUGUAUAUACUUUCGAUACUUAACAAGUAUUCUGAAAAAAUAUAGAUUAGCUUCCAUUUUAAAUAAAAAUUAAAGUAAUCAAUUCACAAUGUUAUAAUAAUGACAAUAAUCAUAAGAUCACUUUUGAAAUCAAUAUUUUGCUGAAAUAACGAUUUUUUUUUAUUGACGCUUAUUAUGCUGUCAUUAUUGUAGACCAAUCACCUCGCGUUGUGUGAGCUCAGUCCGUUUUCGCCCUUAUAGUUUAUAAAUAGUUUUACGUGCUGAAUCCCAAAGGCCAGUACCUGUAGCAUAAUACUCAUCAACGUUUAAUAUUAUUCUAUAAUUUUUAUACUUAUCUUUGAAAUAAUAAUUAGAAUAGAACGAUCUUGUCAUUAUAUACAUUCAUAUGUUGUUUUCAUUCGAGCGCCGUUAGAGCAUUUGCAAAAACAAUGCGAAUUCGAGUACGAAACGUAGGCUUACCAGACCUGUGUCUGUCGCGAUGACAAUAUAUGUAUAUAGUUAAGUAUAACGCUAUCCAUAUAAUUAAGUUGACUCCGUGUGUUUAAUGUGAACGUAAAUACGUACAAAAGAGUACACGUCGACUUCAGACAUCUAAUUUCAUGCUUCCAACACGGAGAUUGCUUUUCGGCUAUGAACCGAUGCACUCUCGGUCAACUUUUCAUAUUAGCCUCAGUAUUUAACGACUUUAGUGUACUAAAACAUUCAUAUACCAUCGUCAUUUUUGUUAAUCUUAAUAAAGUACUAUUAGAAUAUUUAAACUUCUCGUAUUUUAGUAUUAAGUGAAUAGAUAGAUAUAUAACUUAAGUUUAAAGCAUUCCAUAAUACUUCUAUGGGAUCUCCGCUGUGUUUAAAAAACUUUUGAAUAAUCCAAAGAUUAGUAAUACAGGUGUAAAUAAUAAUUAUUGUACAUAUAUUAAAAAAUAAAAAUAUCUGUAAAUAUGAUCGCUUAUAAAAUCUAACAGUAUAGUUUAUAUGUGGAUGGGCGCGCGACGGAAGCGAGCGCCUUGUAUGAAUAUAAGAGACAAUAAUGAAUGAACAUCUGUUUAUUAAAAUCGAUAUAUUUAUAGCCGUAAUUGUAAAUCAAAAAUAAUAUUCCCAUGAUGUGAUCGUUACCAGCGAACUCUGUGUUAUUUAUUUCUUAAAAGUAAUAACGAGGUUUAUUAGGAUUAUUAAAAAAAUAUAAAUGUUUACGAAUUUUCAUUGACGGUUUACAUAGAAACUAGAUAGCAACACGACUCACGCAUUGACUAUUCGAAGUACUUAAUUUGUAUACAAUUAUCGAUUGGUUAAGUAGCAACGCAUUUGAAUUAAUCAAACGCUAAU